ACAACUUUUAAACAUUGUCGUUUGUUUUUUUAUUUCUGAUAAAACAGUACAGCUAUUUAUGUAAAAGCAGAAAAUUUAUAAAAUCGCAUCCCCGAAUUAGAGCCUGGUUGAUUUCUUAGCACGCCAAUGUUAUCGACUGAUGUUAGAUUAUUUACCAGUGGGUAUGGGUAUCGGCAUUUAUAACAGCCGAUAAAUGGAAAUUUAAAAAAGAGAUAGGAGAGACCCUUCAACCAUGUUAUGAGAGUCGAUUGUUUUAUACUUUGACCGCCAGAGGGCACUAUGCAAUUUCCCUUUUGACAGCAGGUGUUUCUGAACCAAGGAGUUAGGCAGAGUAAGCAGUAACUAAAUAACUACUCAUUACAAAUGUUAGAGGCAUCUGUUCAUGGUUCAUGAGUCUGAAAGAAACAAGCAUUGGAUUUCGAAAUCAGUAAAUAUCGAUAUGUACUGGCAGUCUUUUCUUCUCUUCUCACUCCUCCUAUGACCUGCUUACUGUGUGGUUUACAGCGCCCCCGUUUGGUUAGAUCUACCCUCUCUCCUAGCACCGCCCUUCUUAAAAUUAGCCGUGACCGAGCGUCCCCGCGUACCUCCGAAGUGCCACGGAUCUUCAGGGUGGAAGAGCCAACAGUGCGGGUAGCUAGCUGCGUGAGCUAGCAUUUUGCAGAUAUGCUUACUGCGGUGCGUUGUGUGCUGUCCAAGCUGGUUUCUCCACUGUGGAGGACAGUCGAAGUAGAAGGAGACAUUUUCUCCCAUGAAUCAGGUAGGGAAGACAUUCGCCACCUGAGGGGCCAGGUGAUAACCCAGCUGUGUCUUGACUAUGGCAUGAUCGAAGAUGCCAUCUACUUCACUAGUGGCGAGGUCUUGGGUGGCGUGCCACUGAAAGAAGGAGACCUGGUCAACUGUAUAGCAGUAAGAGAUGGUUCCGAAGGGGGAUGGAAAGCUUUAAGGGUGGAGAAGAGUGCAGACGCUUGGGAGGAUGGAGGAAAAACCUCCUUAGAAGCUGACAUUAUGCAGCUGCGGCCUCUUGUUGGCAUGGUCACAUCAUUUGAUGGAGAUGGUGGCUACAUAAAUCAAACCACAUACUUCCCAUGCCACAGUCUUUGGGAAGGUUACGAGCCAAUGAAAGGAGACUGGGUCCAAGCAAAAUAUUUUAUUAAUCCUAACCAGUGGACCACCCAGGCUCAUUCUGUGGUCCCUUUACGCUAUUGCCGCCUAGACCAAGUGCGUGUGACCAGUAUCUAUGGUCGUAGUGGAGUGGUGGAUGACAGUGUUUUCUUCAGCUUGGACUCUCUCCUGCUCCCUGCCAAUUACGAGCCUUUAGUAGGACAUUUGGUUAACCUGGUAAUGGUGGAGAGCAGUCAGUCACUCUAUAGCUGGAGGGCUCUUUGCAUGGCACCCUUCUCUCAGAGUGCAAAUCUUUCUGCUACACCGCUCAGAGAGGCUGAGCUGAAGAGCAUCUUAGAAGAUAAAGGAGGGCUGAAUGUAACAGACUAUGGACAGUUUGGGGAACUGAUGACUGGGGAGACACGAGAGCUGGUGCUCUGGAUACAAAAUAAAGGUACAGAGACCCACAAGUUGACACACUGCGACUUUGCUGGCUGGGACUCAGAAGAACAGUUCACUCUGGUUAGUGUUAAAGGAUUGACAUCACUGAGGCAAAAAGGGCAGCAGCUGCAAGAAAACCCUGUCAAGUCUUCAGAAAUCCAAGUAAAAGAUGGAGACAAAGAUAAUGGCGAGGCGCAGAAGGAGGCGGUCCAUUCCCCUGGUCUAAGAAGACAGGAAAGCAAGUUGGAUAUUUUACCUGGAGAGAGACUGCCAGUUGUUGUAGCCUGCGAGGCAAAGAGCCUGGGAACUUGUGCUGAGCUGCUACUACUGCACUUCUCUUCUUUCACCAUCGGGAGGCGCCUGGAGGUCACCGUGCGCAGUGAAUGUGAAGAUGUGCUUCGGCCCUCUGUGCCCUACGCUCCUACUGAUAAUCGCCCAGUGGCAGUGAAAUCUUCUCAUGUGAUCACAGUAGCUGCUCCGAAAAUGACACCAAGGCUUGCUAAUCGACGGUUGCCACAAUUUCUACCCAACUACCCUGUGCCUCAAGCUCUAAGAGACUGUGUGGAAGCCCAGAGUGAUGUCCUGGUUGUUGAGCCCUGCCUUGGAGAGGUGCUGUCCCCGUCAAACAUGCAGUCACGUUUCUCAGUCCUUCUGUGGCUGGAAGAGUUGAACGCAGAAAGGGAACUGAAAGAAUUCUCUAUCAGCGGAGCGCUUCUCAGGAAAGGGGCUGUCUACCUGCACCUCGAGGUCCCCGGUUUGGCCGAAGGCAGACCUAAUCUCUAUAUAGGGGACAGAAUAAUACUAAAGAAGCCACAAAGUGAUGGCGUGGUAAUGGAGUACAUUAGCUACGUCACAGAGAUCAAUGAUGAGGAUGUGAGUUUGCGAGUGAACUCAGACUUUCAGCGCAGCUACCUCGGAGAGCCACUAGAUGUUGAGUUCUCUUACAACAGAUUGACGAUGAGGCGGUGUCACAGUGCACUUGAACAGACAAAACACUUCGGGGAAAUUCUCUUCCCCUCCAGAGUGACACCUCGGACCCCUCGGUGGACUGGAAAAUGGAUGGAUAAACUAGAUGAAGACAAAACGGCACCAGUCACUGAAAAUGGAAAAGUGUCAGGCAUUACCAUUGACAUGAAGUCAAAAGGCACACAGACUAAAGAUUGUGCACCAACAUCUAAACCCAUCCCCACCAAAGGGCACUUCUUUAACCCAGACCUGAACCCCCCUCAGAAGGAGGCAGUGAAGAGGAUCCUAGCAGGGGAGUGUCGGCCCCUUCCGUACGUGCUCUUUGGACCUCCAGGCACUGGAAAGACGAUCACCAUUAUAGAGGCCAUACUCCAGGUUUACUACUUUAUGCCCAGUAGUCGGGUACUUGUAUGUACCCCCUCCAACAGUGCUGCUGACCUCAUCUGCAUCCGCCUGCAUAACAGUGGCUUCCUGCAUGCUGCGAGUUUGGCCCGUGUCAAUGCAUCCUGUAGGCAGAAUGAGUCUAUCCCAGAAGUGCUGAGAGUGUACUCCAGGGCAGGAGAGGACAUUCGUCAAGCUGCUUUCCACAGGAUUGUGGUCAGCACCUGCUCCAGUGCUGGCAUGUUCCAUAAUAUAGGCCUACCAGUUGGACACUUUACUCAUCUGUUUCUGGAUGAAGCCGGUCAAGCCACUGAGCCAGAGUCCCUGAUCCCAAUGAGCGUUGUGUCUGAGAGAGAUGGACAGAUAGUUUUAGCUGGAGACCCCUGCCAGUUGGGUCCACUUGUGAAGUCUAAGAUAGCCAGUGCCUUUGGCUUUGGGGUGUCUUUGUUGGAGAGGCUGAUGGCCAACCCUCUGUACUCCAGACAGGACUGGGGCUACAAUCCUAAGCUGGUAACUAAGCUGGUCUACAACUAUCGUUCUCAUGAGGCCUUGCUCACACUGCCUUCAAAGCUCUUCUAUCAGGGAGAACUGUGCUGUAAAGGACCCAGGUCUAUUGUGGACUCCCUGUGCCAGUGGAAAAAUCUGCCCAAAAAACGUUUCCCACUUCUUUUUCAUGGAGUCAGGGGCACAGAAAUGAGAGAAGGUAACAACCCAUCAUGGUUUAACCCAGUAGAAGCUGUACAGGUCAUGCUAUACUGCUGUCAACUGGCAAAGAAGCUCUACAAUCCUGUCCAUGCUUCUGACAUUGGCGUUAUUGCCCCCUACAAAAAACAAUGUGAGAAGAUUCGUGUCCUGCUGGGGAAGGUGGGCCUGUCGGACAUCAAAGUGGGCUCUGUGGAGGAGUUCCAAGGACAAGAGUUUCUGGUCAUCAUUUUGUCUACGGUGCGCUCUAGUGAGUCACUACAGAGUGAUGAUCUAAAGAGUACGCUUGGCUUUCUGGCCAACCCAAAACGCUUCAAUGUGGCCAUCACUCGACCCAAAGCUCUGCUUUUAAUUGUUGGAAACCCCCACAUUCUCAUUAGGGACCUAUGCUUCAGGGCUCUGCUUGAGUACUGCUUUAUUAAUGAGGCUUAUCUGGGCUGCGACCCUCCUUCCUCUCUUCAAGAUGUUCACACUGUUGCAGAGGAGCAAAGGAGCACAUAAAAGGGACAAAAACAGGGGGUGUACUGCAGCACAGUCAACCUGGCAAUCAAAUUGUGUUUAUAUUUUUUUCCUCCUUCUCGUUUUCUCGGCUUGUCUCUGUGUACCUCUUAACGUAAUUGCUUUAAAAAGAAAAAUAUCUUGUUUGCCUAAGAGCCAAAUGCAGUCCCACUGGGAUGAGAAAUAAAGGUGAUACUCAUGA